AUGACACAUACUCAGCAGGGCAGUGGCAGGUGUUUCCUGUAUCAGCUUGGUUCACACAACUUUGCGGUGAUUGACGCGGUGAUUGACUCGCUGCCUGCCAUCUUGGAAAGAGAAGGCUUUAGGGCCAUGUUUCAUCCCCAAGACAGUCUUCAUCUGGGCAACAUGGAGCCGAGAGUACAUCAUGUUGAGGGGGAGAAUGAGGCUCUUCAUCAAUUCUUCAAUGGUCAAGACCUAAGUGGAGUCCUGGACAGUUCGGAUGCAGUCGACACAAGCAUCCUUGAGCAGUACCUCGGUGCUGACAUGUGUCCCAACAACUUCAUACAUCCUGAAUCUCCUCCCGACUCGGGAUCAGAGGCCUUUUCACCUGCACAAAUGCCUGAGUGUCUCUACAAGCCUUCGCGUUGGUCCGUGCAUCAGAUUCUUGAGUCUGGGCACUUGUCUUCCUCAUGUCAGUUCAAAGGACUCCCUGAAAUGCUGACCCACGAACAGCUCCAGAACAUGGGGCUAACAAACAUUCACAUAAAACCUGGGACUCCACCUGUUCUUCCUGCUGUUGAAGCACCAAUAUACCACGCUUUGCCCUCUGCAAGUUACUUUCAAGGGUAUACCCCGCCUACGCCUCCAUCACCCCCUCUCUGUCCCCAAUACUGUGCACCAUGCCCGGAGAAAGAACCCAGUGUGUCCACUUCAUCGUAUUCUCAGAGGUUAGCCCACAAGGCACACAGCUGUUCUCCAGAGAAUCGAAAAAGGAGGAGGUCAGAAUGUGAAGAGGCGCUGGGACCUAAAACGUCCUGUGAAGUUAACAUUAGCGUCAAUGCGGGCGUGAGCAGCUUUAGUGAUGGAGGGUACAGCUCAUUAACAUGGGACAAGUACAAUCCCGGACAAUGGAACACAUUGUUAGAUGGCAGCUUCCAGUCACUCUCCCCUCUGGUCUACCAUGUUGAUGCAGAUAAAGGCUUCACCUACUCAGCAGCCGAUGAGGUGUUUGUCUGCCAGAAGAAGAACCACUUCCAGGUCACGGUCCACAUCGGUGUCACUGGAGAGCCCUACUAUGUCAGGACGACCAGCGGGCCACAGGCAGUCGAGCAUUUUGAAAUAAAAGUCUUUGGGAUCAAGCUGGAAGACCCCAGCCACUGUGUGAUGAUAGAGCAGUCACAAUCGGACCGCAGCAAGAGGCCUUUUCAUCCUGUCAGAGUCAGUUUGCCAAGCAAAAAAAUGACCAAGGUGACUCUCGGACGGCUGCACUUUAGCGAGACAACUGCCAAUAAUAUAAGGAAAAAAGGCAAACCGAAUCCAGACCAGAGAUAUUUCCAGUUGGUUGUGGGAGUUUAUGCAGCUGUGAAAGCAGAGACGUUAUUAUUGGCAUCACUCGUGUCAGAGAGAAUCGUAGUCAGGGCGUCUAACCCGGGCCUGUUUGAGACUGAGGGAGACAGUAUGUGGCAGCGAGGGCUGGUCCAGGACUCAGUGGCUUGUCAUGGCCGCGUGGGCAUCAACACAGAUUCUCCUGAUGAAGCGCUGGUCGUGUGUGGGAACGCCAAAGUGAUGGGAGCUGUCAUGCAGCCGUCUGACCAGCGCGCCAAGCACAACAUACAGGAGGUCGACUCUGAACAACAACUGAAACGAAUCACUCAAAUGAGGAUCGUAGAAUUCGAUUAUAAACCAGAGUUUGCCACCUCAAUGGGAAUAGAUCAUCCUCACCAAACAGGUGUAAUAGCUCAAGAAGUAAAAGAGCUGCUCCCGUCUGCAGUCAGAGAAGUGGGAGAUGUCACCUGUUCAGAUGGAGCCAAAAUAGACAAUUUCCUCAUGGUGGACAAGGAGCAGAUUUUCAUUGAAAAUGUUGGUGCGGUGCAGCAGCUGUCAAAAGUCACAGACAACCUGGAGACGAGAAUUCAAGACCUAGAAGUCUGGAACCAGCGGCUGGCCAAGCUCAAGAGCCUCACGGGCAGCCUCCGCUCACACAGAAAAAAUAGCUGUGUUUCUACAACACCGGCCAGUUUGCCAUCGAAAACUCAAAAAACAAAGAAAGAUGUGAAGUCGCACAAGUACAACACCUUUUUACGGAACAGAGUUAUUCAAGCCAGCAUCUUCGUGCUUCUAGCAACUGUUGCCAUUUGCAUGAUCGCCAUCACUGCUCUGUAUCUGGUCACUUUGGGGGAGGACACAGACGCCACUAACGGGCACAGUAAUUCAAGUUUAGUCCCUCCAUUAAGCACUGUCGGGAGUACCACAGUAGUUCAAACAACUAGUGCGCCUCGGCCUUGGCCUCCGGAUGUGGACUUCUGUGACAUCUUGUACUGUGACCAGGCGUACUGCUGCCCCUCACAUCCAGGGGGCAGCAAUGGCUUCAAUGUCACCUUUGAUGAGCAAUGGGAUGAACAGUACAAUUUAACAAAAAGAAGGUUGGAACAUAUGUAUAAGAAACUGAAAAGUGCAGGAGACUGGACAAAUACAACCAUUCAAAUCUUUAUGGUCAAGGAAAACAAACAGAUUAUUGAUGGUAGAUACUGUCUUAGGGACGAAUGUGGGCCGACUAGAUUUGUCUACAGAGUUCCCAUCAGUCAGUUUGUGCCCGGUAACAUGAGGAUCACUCUGCUCAUGAAUUCUACAGAGCUGCUCGUGGUUCAUCUCUGUCAUUUUGAUGAGUCUGCAGCCUGCUCUUCCCGAAUAGACCUGAACACGGUGACGGGCACCAGAUAUCCAACAAAUACACAGGGAAAACAUGAAUGGCCUCUACAUGUCGCUCGUUUGUAUCACAGCUCAUAUCACUUUCGAUCAUCAGUUGCUGGCCAGGCGGACUGCAGUACUGACCAUCACUAUGCAGGAAUUCUUGUGAGAACGACAUCUGUCAAACUGGCAGUUCUACCGGGGAGCCUGGGCCCUCGCCACCUCUCUCACAUUCAGGAGGAGACAGACAGCAGAGAGCACAGUGCAUGCAUUGUGUCCCCCAUAAAGCUACAGCAGGAGCAGCUGCAGAAGCAAGAACCAUGUUCAGCCCAAACAAGCGCGAAUGAGGCCAGCCCAGAGGCAGGUCUGUCUGAUCCUGCAGCGCUGGCCUUAUAUGAACAGCAAAGGAAAGAGGAAGAGAACAUGAGUCUGCUGCAGGAGUUAGGUGCCAUUGAGUCUGAGCUCCGUGAAUCUCUACGUUUGGACAUAGAGCGAGAGCAGGAGGUUGAGUUUCUUCGUCAACAGGAGAAUCAGCUGCUGUGGCAAGGCCUCAGCUACCUCAGCCUCAACCAAAGAGUGGCAAAGCCUUGGGUCAGCAGCUACUUCCGGAAGUUCCCAAUGCACAUCUACUGUCUUCCAGUUCAAACAUCGAGUCAGAAAAAACGAAAGCGCAACACAAAGAAGAAGUGA